UGUCAAUUAGUUUCAAACCUUUUACAUUUACUCCCAGUACGUCCAAAUUUUUUGUUGAUACUGUAUUUUGUGCACUUAGUUUGUGUGGCAGGUCGAGAAAACAGACAACUUGGAGAGGACCAAAGAAGCUUAGGUAAUAUGGGAUAUUUGGACAGAGGCGGGUUACCCCAUGGGGUUCCCAUGGACGACAUACCUUGCGGGACGGGUUACUCCCUGUGGAAACCACCUGACAGCAAUUACUUUCCGCGUGGCGAGGCGCCUCCGCCCUACGAGGAAGCAAUCGCAGCCGCGAGGGCGGAACAGGCAUUGUUAUCGAUGAAUCCACACACGCUGCUGUCGAUGAACUUCUCAGAUAAUUAUAUGCCAAAUGGUAACAAUCACGCAAGCGUGGCAAUUGUUGCGGACACGCAAAACGACUUGAACGCCGCGAAUCCGCAGGCGUCGUCCAACGAUAGUAACAUACACACGCCCUUGAUGUCUUCGUCGAGCAGACCAUUGUCUAGUCCCAGCGCGUACGCUGGUUAUCGACCAAUAAGCCAAAGCAACGCGUCGUCCACCGUUGGUCUGAACACGAGCACUUCCACCACGAGUUUUACAAUGGGGACAAACACGUAUGAGAAUCUACCGGUUUCGUCGGUCGCCAUGACAGGUUUCAACGACAGUCAAAACUCCGCAGUGAUCAACGCCAGUACGCAACCGUUGCUAUCGAUAUCGCAUUCCACCAUACCUAAGAGCUAUCGUCAGCACACGACGAUAUUCUCGCGCCAGAACGGUGGCGGCGCAUUCACGAUAUCAGCGACUCUGUCGAAUUCGGACGUGUCUUCCCAUCGCACGAUUCCGCGAACGUUGACUUGCGUCGCCAGUAGAGCGAAGGAUGUCCUGACAGAUUGCUCGGCGAGAGAUUAUCUCCGCUUGUCACCGAGCAGCAUCGCAGCGCCCCAGAGCCUGUCACGUCCUGUACAGCUGUCCGCAGCUGUAGUCGCAACCUCGGGAGGCUACAAAAGCAUCAAAGACUCAGAUGCGUUUUACACGGACGCCUCUGUGGCGUCGGCGUCCGGUCUGGCGCAAUCGGAAACGUAUCCCGCGGACACGGCAAAUGUAUCCGAACGGACUCGCGAGUACACGCCUUCGCUGAGCGUGGCUAACGAGAUCAAUGCGAGCGGCAGCUUCGAAUCGGUGACGUGUACCUGCAGUAUGCAAGCGUUACCCACUCUACACGACGAUACGGACGAUUAUCGAAGUGAGUGUGAGAACUGCAAGAGCGCGACGGGUUCCCGCUAUUACUUGGAUAAUGAGGACGAACUCGCUACAUCUCUUCACGAAACCAUGACGUUGCACAGAAGGCCGGACGAAGCAGCAUCAAGUGCCACACCACAGUAUUAUAGAACUUCACUUACACUGCCGACGAGUACGCGCCAACGUACAAGGAUUACCGGAGCUCGUGAAAAUUGGUUCAACACCAUGCCAGAAAGUUCUAGCGGAUCUUCGGACGAAAAUUAAGUAUUAUGAAAAAAAAAUAGAGGAAAAUGUUCAAGCGCGCAAAUAAAAUUAUACACGCACAUACAAAUACAUACACACCUACACAAACACGUAUAGUAUGUAUAUGUUAUAUAACUAUUUAAAAAAAGAAUUUUACCUAUACAGAGUGUCCCAGGAUUAUCGCGCUUCUCCUUUCGGGUGAGACUGUUGGUUGAAUGUCAAGAGCGUAUCGAUAAUUUUUGCGUCAUGCUAGGUUCAAGAUGAAGAUAGUCAGACUCGUUAUGUAACGUUUAACGCGAUACAAGGACAGCUCUGUGUUAUAGAGUUUCGCAAAUCUUUUCAUUCAUUUGGCAUGGUGGCAUGGCAGCUUAAGUCUUCCAAAAUUCUCAGCUUCUCUACUCCUUCCACGUAACAUCUGAGAUAAACUGCCAGUUUUUGGGACAUCCUCUAUAGUGUUUAUCGUAAUUAUCAUCAUAAUCGUUACCAUUGUCGUCAUUAUCAUUAGAUAGCGGAGGUACGUGAGGUUUUACUGCGAACGAAUCCUUGGGAGUCUGAAAUGCACUAACAAUAAGAUGGAUCAGUGGAAAACAUCUCGUAGUAAAACAUUGCGAGCCUUUGCAUCAGAUGUUGUCAAUCAUUAUUGGCAUCAUUAUUAUCAUCGUCGCGUCACACUAUGUUACCAGUAUCUUUCCGAAUUUAUUUUACCUGCCGAAGUAUUCCGUUUCAUGCAAGAAGAUUAUACAGAUUUUAAUGAUAGAUCUUUAUUGUAAAAAGUAGAAUAAACUCAUAUCUGUAUAUGUAUAUGAUAUUAGGAUAGUCGUAAAAAUGUAACAAUUCAUGAAACUCCUUCUUUCAUGAAAUAUCUGAAAAAAGAAAAACGCGAGGUCGGUAUAUAAAUUAUAGUAAUAUAUUUGUUGAUAUACAUAAGUUGCCUAUGGCACCGAAUAUUAAGGACCCGCAGCAGCCGUGGGUGAAUUUUUAUGAGUACGAGUUGACCCGACACUCCCGGGGAUAAUUGGAGAACGUUACUGUUAUCAUCGACCACUUUUGAUUGAGCGAUAUAAAUAAGCGAACGUUCCAUUAUUUUAUUUUAUAAUUUACAUUUCUAAUUUUUUAUAUCUGUAGACAUGUGUACGCAUUUACGCAGCGCAGCAACAUUAUAUAUCUCUGUCAAAUCAUUUUAUUUGCAUUUACUACUAACUUGCAUUUGUACUAUUUUUUACGCCAUUAUUAUUUCCUGGAAAGGCAAAUGCAGAGAUAACAAAAAUUUCUUUUUUGUAUUCGAUUGUGUGUAAAAUGUUGUGUAUUUAAGCUUUAAUUAAAAGGAUCAAUUUUAAUCGAAAGUUAGAAAGACUGAUGGACAAGCAAUCGGCUUUUUAUCAAAUUUUUACUAAGAAAAACAUUAUCUUUGCAUUUAUCGGAGUGUGGAUACGAAUCAAAGAAGCGACUUAUGCUUUACUACAUUAUGUAGAUAUAUGUAAAAAAAGGGGAUGAAAUUCGGCUGCACCUGUAAGGUUGUAUCCAAGUUGGAAAGUAAUAAAGAACGGAAGUGCCAAAGUGUUCACGUUAGACGAGUACGGUGAAAUUGUGAUAUUUUAAUUAUGAAUUGUCUAUAAUUCAAAUAAAGAAAGGAAGAUACGUAUAAGAACAAGCGCGAGAGUAGAAGCUGGAUUUCGUUUCGGCAUUCUAAUCAUGACAUUUCUUUUUUUAAGAUUGACAAGAGAUCGACGAAGAAGCGUUUGUUUUAGUAUCGCAGUGUUUAUGUAAUCUCUCUCUCUCUCUCUUUCGAUGACUCACAAUAUCGACCGAACCAUAGUUCUUUGUGAUUGUAACAUUGAACUCCUUUGGGCUUCUUAAAACCUCUUGUAACUUCUUAUUCAUGAUACUGUGAAAUACAAAUGAUUAGCAAAUAAAUCUUUUCUUCUGAUUGCCAAUGUA